UAUAUAAAAUUUGUUUAAAAUGCUGGCGGCCCAAGAGAAUCGUUUUCAAUAUGUUUACUUUACGCUCUCCGGCUUGGUCGCCUGCAUCAUGCUCAUUCUCUUCUAUAUCUCAAUGCGCACAACCAUUAAUGAACGCCUGCGCGAUGAUCUCAAGCAGAUGCAGCGCCAAUUGCUCUACCCAAAGCCCAAUCCGCACUGGAACUACAACAACAGCUGGCGGCGCAUUGGCAAUGCCUCGCUACGGCAUGAAAUAUACUCGGCAUAUUUCGAUGCACGCACGGAUAUAGUGGGCCGCGUUCGCCUGGAUGAGGAGAUCACAAUUGGUUCGCUGCGAGUUUUCGCCAUUCUGCCGGAGCGACUGCGCGACUCGCAGAUCAGCUGCAUCGUGCGCUUCGCAGACUUCAGCAGCUACGAGAUUGUGGCCGAGGAGGCGGGCGCCAUGCACGACGUGCACAACAACAGCUUCGCCGCCUGGAGCAUCAUGUGUCCGUUGCACGUGGCCAAGAGCUCGCCCGUGCAGCUGCCGCAGGCCGUGGCACUGAGCUACGCCUCCAAUCGGCUGAGUCAUCUCAGUCCCAGCUACGUGCAGAUCAGCUAUCCGCGGAACAUGUCCGAGCUGUUUGCCAAGUCGCGUGCCACGAUUUCCGUGUGCGUCGGCCCCAUCCAGGAGAACUACUCGAAUGUGCUGCGCCUGGUCGAGUUCGUCGAGAUGUAUCGGCUGCAGGGCGCGACACACUUCUACUUCUACUACGUGGAGGCCAGCGAGGAGGUGCGUCGCGUGCUGGAGCACUAUCGACUGCGGGGCCUGGCCGAUGUGUUCGAGUGGAACGUGCAGUCGCAUCUGCAGGAUCUGCACUAUGCCGGGAUUGUGGCACAGUUCAACGACUGCGUCUAUCGCGCCAAUGUCGUGGACAACUAUCGCUAUGCGGCAGUCGUCGACCUGGACGAGGUGCUGAUGCCCCUCAAGCACAACUCCCUGGCUGACUAUCUGCGCCAGUGCGACGAGGGGCGCACCUCGGGCUUCGUCUUUCGCAACGUGUUCUUCUACCGCAAGGACAGCAACGAUACCUUCAAUGCGCCCGCCCACGUCAUGAACCGGCUGCUCUACACCCAGUCGAAGGUGCGCCGCACCCUGGAGGUGCUGCCCGCCUACAUCAGGAGCAAAGUCGUCGUCAACACGCGCGGCAUUGUCGAGAUGGGCAACCACCAGGUGUACCGUUCCGCGCCGGGCUAUGUCGAUCACAUCGUGCACCAGACGGUCGGGUUGCUCUUCCACUAUCGCGACAAGUGCAUCAACUGCAAAAUGGUGCUCAUUGUGGACUAUACGGCGCGGCGCUUUGGCUCACUGCUCUUCGAUCGCGUCGACGCCACAUGCCUCGAGGUCUUCAUGGAGCGACAUGGCAUCUGCCAGCUGGCGUAGCCCCAACUGUGCCUUAUCACCAAUUGCCGUUAACGCCCCCAACGGAAGAGCGCCGAGUGUUGAGUGCUGCGAAUCAGCGGAGCGCAGCUGAUGUCCAGUCUGGAGUCAACUCUUGCAGUCGCAACAUGCUUAAGUUCUGUUCGCUGCGUCGCGGGCAAUCGAAGCCGACGUCGACGUCGGCAGCGGCGCCGCCUCUGCCCGCCAAACGUGUGUCCAAAAGUGUAUGGCAAAAUUUGUGCUUAAGCUAGUCUAAAACAAACAAAUCAAAU